AGACUGUCAGCUUGUCACGCUUUCCUUCUGUGUAUUUAUUACGUGUAGCAUUUAAGAUAAAUCAUAAUACUUAAUAUCCUUUGUAUAAUUUCACUUUAACGCUAAGAUAAAACUAACACAAUGAGUACUAUAUUAGAGAAAAUUGCCGCUAUCGAGGCUGAGAUGGCCCGGACACAAAAAAAUAAAGCAACAGCGCUUCAUUUAGGCAUUCUGAAAGCAAGAUUAGCUAAAUUGAGGCGAGAAUUGAUUACACCUAAAGGCGGCGGUGGAGCUACAGGCGAAGGAUUUGAUGUUGCCAAGACUGGAGAUGCAAGAAUUGGUUUUGUAGGAUUUCCAUCUGUAGGAAAGUCUACUUUGCUCUCUAACCUAGCUGGAGUGUACUCGGAGGUAGCUGCAUAUGAAUUUACAACAUUAACAACUGUGCCAGGUUGUAUCAAGUAUAAAGGUGCUAAAAUACAGCUUCUCGAUCUUCCUGGUAUUAUCGAAGGUGCUAAAGAUGGUAAAGGUAGAGGUCGUCAAGUGAUAGCAGUGGCUCGCACAUGCAGUCUCGUUUUCAUCGUGCUUGACGUUCUCAAACCACUGCAGCACAAGAAACUACUAGAACAUGAAUUGGAAGGAUUUGGGUUGCGGUUAAACAAACAACCUCCAAACAUUCACUUUAGAAAAAAAGAUAAAGGUGGCAUCAAUUUGAAUACAACUUGUCCACAAUCCGAACUGGAUAUAGAAACAGUAAAAACAAUUUUAUCUGAAUAUAAGAUCCAUAAUGCAGAUAUAACUCUCCGAUAUGAUGCAACCAGUGACGACCUUAUUGAUGUUAUUGAAGGCAAUAGAAUUUAUGUACCCUGCAUCUAUCUGCUUAAUAAGAUCGAUCAAAUUAGUAUUGAAGAGUUGGAUGUUAUUUAUAAAAUUCCUCACUGUGUACCGAUCUCCGCCCAUCAUAAAUGGAAUUUUGAUGACUUAUUGGAAAAGAUGUGGGAAUAUUUGAAGCUUAUUAGAAUAUACACGAAGCCUAAAGGACAACUACCCGAUUAUAAUGCUCCUGUUGUGUUACAUGCGGAUAAAACUAGCGUUGAAGACUUUUGUAACAAGCUGCAUAGGUCUAUUGUGAAGGAAUUUAAAUAUGCAUUAGUAUGGGGUUCUUCUGUGAAACAUCAGCCACAAAAAGUUGGUAUAGAACAUAUCCUAGCAGAUGAAGAUGUUGUGCAAAUUGUUAAAAAAGUUUAAUGUGUGAAAGAAAUUGAUAUUUUUGAAACUAAGUGAAGUACGGAAAAGUAUAAUUAUAAGCAAUUGAAUUGUUGAGCGUUAAAACUGAGUAUUUACAUAAGUUGUAAUCAUUUUCACUAACCACUGCAAACAUAAAAUUUUAAAAUGUAAUAACCUAUUUUAAACUUGUCCCGGUUGU